AUGUUCAACAACCAGCCUUGUCCAGAAGACGUCGUUCGACUGCCAGAAAUCGUUGUGCUGCUAGGACCCUACCUCAAGGCUCCAGACCUCUUCACGUGCAUCCAAGUCUGCCAUCUCUGGAACCACCUCCUGACCCCAUGGCUCUGGAGAUCCAUCGACGACAGCGAGCACUCUUGGCCCACCAUCCUCAGGAACCACAAGAACCCAGAGACACAGGGAGACAAGGACGCAGACUGGAUCCGUGCCAUCUUUGCAAAAUACGGACACCAUAUCCAUGAACUUACCUCUCAAUGGGGCAUCAUCAUUGAGGUCGCCAACACGAGUGGCACUUGUAACCAUCUGGAGAGUCUUCGGAUCGGUGACCUUUCGGCUUCCAUGACUCGGGACGACAACAUCGAUGGGAACAACAAUAACAGUGGCAGCAACGCCGGAGCAAACGGAGUGUCAGUUCUCCGUUAUGAAGGACCAGCCCCAGAUCGACAUCGCGUGGCAGCCAUCGGCCCAUUACUCUCGCCCAUCUUUGAGGGUAUUCUGGAACCUCACCAGGCACAGUACCGGACAGUUGCUCGGCAGGAGCAGGAUUGGGCCACCGUCCAGCACUUUUGGCUCCUCGUCCGACAAAACACCCAGUCGCUCUUCUCAUUACGACUUGAUGUCAGUCUCUACUGGCUCUGCCUCAUAACCAAUGUCGACUUUAUCUUCGACACCCUGGCUUCGCUCGUCAACCUCGUCAACUUUGAGAACGACAUGCUUCCCCUCAACUCCAACAUCCUUCUGGAAAGACUCCCAGGUCUUCUCAGUUACCGAACCCGGUUUAGAUUUCUACAGCACGACAACAGUCUCACCCGUUCGUUCAACCAGCUCAUCUACUUGGAAAUCUGGGAGUCAGUCACCACACGGGCGUUCUUCACCCUCCUCAAGUAUCUCCCUAACCUCGAGACCCUGCGGAUGGACUCUUUCAGGGCUUCCUCCAACAUCCCACCCCUCGAAGGUCUUAUCAUCCUCAAGAACACCCCCAGCCGCCUCAAGACCCUUCGUUUCCACAACGUCCUUGCCAAAGACGACGAGCAUAUCGCAAACCUCAUCAUCCCAUGGAUCCCACACCUCACCGAGAUCUCUCUCCCCCAGCUCUACCCAGCAACCGCCAGAGCGCUUGGAGCUCACUGUCGGAAACUGGAAGUUGUUAAGCAGAUCGACUGUGGCACGACAAUAUAUCGGGACAAUACAAAUCGAAAACCAGUGGUCAAUACCGUGGGUAUCCUGCUUCGAGAGUGCGCCACCCUAAAGGUCUUUGACGGCAUUCAUCAUACCCUCGAGGCGAGCUAUAUGCUCAAGUACCCAUGGGCCUGCCGAGACCUGGAAACCUUCCGUUGUCAGAUCAUUGACAUCCCACGCCUCACCAUUGCCGAACAGGAAUUCCUCGACUCCGCAGAUGAAGAAUCACAACUCAACGACAGCAACAGCAAAAGCGACAGCGACAGCAGCAGGAAUAACGUGGCCCGCACAGCAUUGUCCAAAAAGAAGCAGCACUCUCUGGAUGUGCAACUUCAGGUGAUGGACCAUCUUGCAGGUCUGACCAACCUGACAGUCCUUGACCUGGGCUACGAAUACCGCGACAUCGGCUACGAAUACGACGACCUCUUCAAACACCGCGACCUCGGGGCCGCACAACGCAAACAAGAGUCGGAACCGAACUGGACGGUCAAGAUUGAAGGCGAGCCUACCUUGGACUCUCUGGAGCUGACCUUGGCAACUGGCCUCGACCGUCUCUCAAGCCUCACCCGACUGGAGAUCUUUGGAUUCGAAGGCGUCAACCAUCGCAUCGGAAAACAAGAGUUGUCGUGGAUGACGACCGCCUGGCCCAAGCUCAAGGUACUACGGGGACUGCAUGAGGACGACAUUCCUGGCAUUGCUGAGGAUCCUGAGCGGACGAAGCUGCGUGAGUUUAUGCGCGAACUACGAGUCGAUGUCAGACAUGCUACCUUGCGUCCAAAAGUAAAGUAUUAG